AUGGCGCUUGUUCAAUCUGUUGAAAUUCCUCAGGCACUUGUAGACGCCUACAAAGAGAAGACUAAAGAUGGCAAAGCGAUCUCUACCGGGCUUUUUACGCCUGAAAGCACACCAGAGCCGCCACAGCUACCUUCAAAAAAGAACAAUGCUAAAACACGAGCCGAACGAAUCUCAGCUCUGAUUAAAAGCAUCGAGGACAGUGACACUGACUUUGGCAUUCUAGGUGUUCGGACUACUGAGGCCUUCCAAUCUCGAGUACCAGCUCUGAAAGAGGUACUCAACAAGGAAACCUCGGAGGAGGCCAAGAAAGCACUUCAAAAGGUCGAGCAGGCAGAGAUUUCUCUUUCGAAGACGGUUGCCUCGUCCAAAAAUGCCAUUAACAGGGCCCUCAAGAACCCGGACAUGGGGCUCGUGGACUUGUUGGAAGCCACGAGUGACGAGGACCGAGAAGUGAAGGUAGCAAGUUGGAAAUGGCUCCUGAGCCCAGAAUGGAACAAAGAACCCGAAGCAGAAAAGGCUAUGCAGAUACUGUUGGAUGCCAUAAAGGAGUACGAGGGGGGGGAGGAGGAUGACCUCAUGGAAGACGGCAGCGAUGAUGGUGACGAAAAUCAGCCCUUACCCGAAGCAAAAAGACCUGUCUCCAGCUCAUUUCUGUCUGAGCUGAUGGGCUCCAGGAGUGUGUCUACCAAGAUUGGUGUGUCUGUCUCCCCAGGAUCGACACUUGACGGGGGAAAAAUACUUCGCUAUAAUGAAUAUUUUGCACAGAAGCCAAAAGACGAUGGCAACGGUGAAGAGGCAAAAAAGGAGAAAAGACCGCCACGGUACAAUUUUCUGGUCUGGAAUGAUGGUGAAUACUCCAUGAAAACCGGUAAAGAGGUCGGCCAGAGUGCGAUCGAUGGCUAUUUCAAAGACGGGAAGGAAAGCAAGCUCAAGAUAGGGGAGUACUAUGGACAGCGCCGCCAUGGCAUCACAUACUCACGCAAAUACUUCUCUGACCUGUUGGAGCUGACAAAGAAAACGGGGGUUGAUAAUCUCUUGUUUCUCGGUGCAGUUCGGAAGGCACCACGAACACCCACGGGUAGGACCAUGCCUCCAGAACACUGUGUCAUCGGUAUUCGUGAUCCGAACAUCAAUGCCGAAUGGUAUGAAGUGUUCACUCGGUCCGCUUGGACCAAAUUCUACGGUGACGAAGCGGGUCAUCGCUUUGAUGACUACUGGAAAGAACGGGGUCAGAAGCCGUCCUUUAGAGUAGCCUUGAAAGACGACGAUACAAGCACUCUACAGAGUUCGAAUGUGGAGAACGCAGCACUGAGAAAGGAAAUUGAUCAGAUUCGGCAGGAGGUGAAAGAGAUCAAGUCCAUGAAGGAUGAUAUGGAAACCAGGAUCAUGGCUGAAAUGCAAAAGAUGACCGCCAAUAUCAUGACCCAAAUGAAUGAAAUGAUGACCAGAAUGUCUGCGAUGGUCAACAAAGAGGAAUGA